UCGAAAGUUAUGGACUUAUGGUCAUCUUCGCUUGUCUAUGGCAAAUUAUACUUCGCUUAGCUAUUCUUGAUCUGUAUUUCUUGACAAUUUUUCCUUUACUUGCAUCUCGAAAAUAGAUCAAAUUUGUUACGUCAAACUAUGUUUUCAACCUGCAAUGGGUUCUGAACCCGUAGGUGACGUUUAAUUAAAUAUAAAUGUGAUUAUUUAUAUAUUUAGGAAUUUAAAACUUGUACAUUUGUAUAGUGAUAAGUAUAAUAUCCAUAUUUAAAAGUUUAUUUUUACCAAUAAUUUUGUUCAUGAAUAAGAUAUAAUGUCCUUCGAGUACUUACCCGUGGCCGAAGACGAAAAUGAAGAACCCAUAGAACUACCAAUCGAAGAAGAUGGAACGUUGAUGCUAACAACUGUGUCCGCGCAAUUUCCCGGUUGCUGCGGCCUCAAGUAUCGCCAUCCGGAAACGAAAAACAACCGAGGUAUAAGAUUAAGAGAUGGCAGGCUUUACCCUCCUCCUGAAGGAUGGGGUAAUCACUUGUAUAUUUGCAGCUUUCCUAAAGAAAACAAAAGGAAAUCAGGAGAAAGCUCCGAAACAUCAUCAGUCAAGAACAAGAGAAAUGAUAACUUAUGCUCUGAUUUAAUAGUAUUAGGGCUGCCAUGGAAAGCAACUGAGCAAACUGUGAGAGAGUAUUUUGAGAAAUUUGGAGAAGUCCUGAUGGCGCAAUUGAAAAGAGAUGCAAAGACAGGAAUGUCAAAGGGUUUCGCCUUCAUUAGAUUCGCUUCUUACACUUCGCAAAUGAGGGUUUUGGCUCAGAGGCACAUGAUAGAUGGCCGCUGGUGUGAUGUGCGAAUACCCAACUCCAAGGAGGGCUCAGUCAACUCUAUGCCCUGUAAAGUGUUUGUCGGCCGCUGCACUGAAGAAUUAACAGCUAAUGACUUAAGAGAGUAUUUUUCUCAGUUUGGAGAAGUUACAGAUGUUUUUAUUCCAAAGCCAUUUAGAGCGUUUAGUUUCAUUACGUUUUUGGAUCCAGAAGUAGCCCAAAGUUUGUGUGGUCAAGAUCAUAUAAUAAAAGGUGUGUCAGUGAAUGUGUCUAAUGCAUCCCCUAAGCAAAAUAAGAGUGGCUCCAACCAGCGGAACUUGCCAAGUAGAAACUAUGAUGAAGGUCAUAUGCACUCAGCAUCAAACAACAACUCUUGGAGCAACCGUAGCAUGGAUAUGGUGAACAUGCAAGCACUCGGAAUGUCUGGUCAGCACGGGCAGACUGGAGUAGCCGGUGGAGGCGGACAGGGGCAAGGAGGAAGCAUGCCGCUUGGUAUGAGUGGACUCCCUGUAAACCAAGCAUUGGUGGCAGCCGCACUCAACCAGGCAGCAGGUUGGGGCCUCAUCAACAACAUACCCUCUGGAGGGUCUGACCAAAGUGCUUUUGCCGGUCCGGGGUCGUCGGCACCGCCAGCUCCGCCCAACUUCCUGUCAUGGAUGCAGCAAGGUAACUCGGCACAGGGACCUUCUAGUCAGUGGGGACAGCGGCACCAGUCUCAGGGCCACUCGGUUUGAUCCAAUGUAUGAUUUGACAAGCUCAUGAUAAUCUCUGUGAUUGUAGCAACAUUUAGAUAAUUGUCAUUGGUAUAACGGGUUUUAGUCUGCUGCUGAGAGAUUGUUUGUUUGUAUCUUCAUUGUUUGCUACUAAUGUUAUUUAUUUCUAAUGAAAUUGCUUGUGUUUUGUUGAGUUUCUUCAAAUCCGUAAUAUAAUUAAAUACCUCUUUGUCAUAGGUCCAACACAUGAUAAAUGACAUCAACAGUUAUAAUAUCAAUAUUGCUAAUAACAUAUAUCCUUUAAAACAUAAUAAUUCACAUAUUUUCAUACUGAAGUUGGACAAAGGUUAGUGCUGGCCAUUAGUCUAUUUAAUAUAAUGAAUCCACAUGUAAUGUAAGAUUCAUGGUGUGUAUCUCGAUUGACUAAUGAAGCUAUGAGACUUCAUUAGAAUGUUUAGGAUGGAUGAUUAGCACUUGAUCGUUUUCUUCACUUGAUGCUAGAUUGCAAGUGCAUGGUAACUGAAAACAGUGCUACUCUUAAAGGCAUAUUAUAUUAUAACUUUUUCAAUAUUGUGUCAUAUGUAAGCUUGAGUUGGUAAAUACACUUGUGUUGUCUAGUGAAUGACUAUACCUAGAGUAGUAAUGUGAAUUAGAACUUGGCCAAGUCUUGAAGGUGCAACUCACCAAAAUAAGUCUUCUAUGUUAAAAAGCCUUAUUUGAACCUUUUUGGAGCCUUAAAGGCAUAGCUGAGACCUAAGUCAAUACUAAUCUGGACGACAAAUAGUUUUCACUCCAUUCACUUUUACUUUUGUUUAACUACCCUAUCAUCUAACUAGGGUCAUGUGAAAUUUUAAGUAGACAUUAUUUUCAUUUAUACCAGCGGUCGGCAACCUGCGGCCCGCGAGCCUGCCUGGCUAUUUUGUAUGUAAUAUUGACAAAUGACAAUGUCUGAUAAAGUCCUAAAUAUUAACAAAGUGCGGCCCGCGACCACUUCGUUCCCUUGGCUGCUAAAAGGUUGCCGACCGCUGAUUUAUACCAUCUAAUAAGUUUAUAUUUUAAUGCCCCUGCUGGCGGCAUCAUGUUUAACUCUACAGAAAUUAGAAAACAUCAUACCUUCUAUCAUGUAUAUUAUACUUAUAUUUGCUCUCGUUUUUCUUCCUUAUGUGUAUUAUAUUGGCUACUCUUUUAGCAGAUGCAAUUUUCAAUUUAAUUAGUUUGGUAUAAUAAAUCCAGACUCAAUUUAGAUUUGUAUCUUCAUUUAUUUUGUAACUAUAAUACAGUUAGAUGUUACCUGUGCUUUUGUACAUUAAUAGUAGGAGUAAUCAUUAACAACAGACUGUUGAGAGUUCAUACAUAUAAAAAAUAGAAAUCUAUUGAAUUGUUAUCAUUGUUUAUCAAAUAAUGUUGUUUAUUAAAUUAUUAUGAACGCUUCCUGAAGUGGAUGUGGUAAUUAGAUCAGAUUGUCUAUUUUUUACGAAAUAAUAAUGGUUUGAGUAUUUUUGUGAUAAAGCAACGUGGGAUUGUUGUAUUGAAUGGGUAAAUGUUAACUGAGAAACUAGAAUAAUCCAAGUUUUAUUGCAACUGUAUAUAAUGUUAGGACAAAAUGGAAGGAUGCUUGUACAAAUUUCAAGACUGUAAAACUAUAAACAAAUGAAUGUCGUAAAUUCUAAAACCAAGUGUUACUUUAACUAGAAUCUUUAUGAUAAGGAUACAAGCAGCUUCUGUAGAUGACCACUAUAUCUGCUACCAUCAUGCACCAUAGCAGUAGCUGUUACCAAAAAUAGUGGAAGUGUUGACAGGACUUGUGUGUGCUAGCACAUUUGGGUAGGUAUUAUCAAAUCCUCAUGCUCGUCACUUGUAUUACGUAAGCACGUUCACUCGUAUGAAGGCGGUACAGACAGUACAGUCGUCACAUUAGUGUGACACCUCCAUUACAAAACCUACAACAUUGUCUCUUUUUAAAUAAUUAAAUCACUAAGGAUUGUAAUAAUGUAUACAAUCUAAAACCAGACACUAAAUUGAUUAUGUUUAAUUUAGUAAUAGAGAAUUGUGUAUAUAAUUAUACCAAAAGACCAUCCUAGCGUAUCAAACCAUCAUAAGAAAUACUCAAAUGUGUUUUUAAAUUAUUAACUAUGUUCUGCGUUUAAUUAAAUGCCUCUUUACUAGUACUUUCCCUAGGCAUUUAGAUCCAUUCACAGAUGUUCUUAAUUUCACAAUUGAGUAAAUAUUUAGAUAAUAACAAAAUAAUUGAAACUAGAGCGAAAGUUUCUAGAUUAGCACAAAUUAUUUGGGUCCUGUAUUUCAGUAGGUAGGCAUUUUCAUUAUCCCUGCCUA